GUCUGAAUGUCUUGUCAUUGUGUUUACCAGGUACGGGAAAGCAUCCAGCUUCCUCAUGCAGCAACACUUAUUGUCAGAGAGAACACGGUGAACAGAAUCUCUCAACAGGUGCUCCACAGGUUGUGGUGUCACAAUGCAUAAGAGCCAGAAGAGCACAGGCGGGAGUGCGGUGUUCUACAAACCAGUUGGAGUUACAACAGAAGUGAGAUCUGGAUACCUCUUCAAGUCUCCUCCCCAGAAACGUCUGAAGACAGAGAAAUCAUGGAAGAAACGGUAUUUUGUGCUGUUCAAAGUCAAUGAGCAAGAACACCUACUGAAGUACUUCAGGAGUCCAGAGGAGAAGGACAGGCCACUUGGAGGGAUAGACUUGUCACAUAUCUCAUUGUUGUAUGUGAGCCCUCAAAACCACCAGAGAUGGGGAUGGGUCCAGAAGAGCUUCAAGUGCUCUCCAUCCUGUGUGCUCUACAUCCGGGCAGCCGAGCGGGACUACUUCCUGGUCGGGAAGAACAGUGAGGAAGUGGACGGCUGGUUCUCUGACCUGUUCGAAGCCCUGAAAAACCGGCCACAUAAAUGUAUGAGUGGAGAGGAAAUGUCUAAUGGGCAGCAAACAAUUGAGGUUAUUUCAAACCCCAUUAAGCAGAAAAAGAAAUCUACCGCUGAGCCCGAACAGGAAGAGUUUCGGUCCAUUCGGUCCAUGUCUGAUCCGUCCUCGAAUGGGAAGGGUGAAGAUUAUGUCCUAAGACGUUCAUCAGAGCCGGUGUAUCCGAUCUAUGACUAUCCCAGAAACUACCUUAAACAACCAGCGGCGGUAAAUGGCGCGGGCCGUCGCAAAAGCUUGGACGCAGUAUAUGAAUCGAUGAUGGAACUUAGACAGGCUCAAGAAGAAGCGGACCGUGAAGUUGAGCAGGUUACUGCGGGCAGCCUCAUGAGGUCGGUCACUCAAGUCUUUGACAAGCUCAAGACGCAGAUUUCCCCACUACCUUCAUGUAAUGAGGAUACAGCUGCUGAGGACACAGCUGCUAAGGAAACAGCUGCUGAGGACACACCUGCUGAGGACACAGCUGCUGAGGACGGAGAAGAAACGCGUCUGACGUCAGACUUCAGUAGCAGCUCCAGCGACAACGGUGCCACCUCUCCAGUAGAGAUGCUGGAGGUGGCAAAUAAGAACACAAUGCAUAAACAGAGCUCUACUGAAAGGCUGACCGACUUUCAUCUGGAGAGUGAAAGCCUCGACACCAUGACCCUAGUGGAGAGAGAUUUUGAGGUCAAGCAGGCAGAUUUGAAAAAACACCUGACACUAACAGAAGUGUAUGGGAAACCAAGUGUGUCUGGGUGGACGGGCCAGCCACAGUCAGUGUGCCUGUUCCACAAAGGAGACCAAAUCCUGGCAAUCAAUGACUUGCACGCCAGCACCGUGGAGGAGUUCAACAUGUAUCUCAGCAAGUCUCUCAAGAACGAGGUGAAAGUGACCAUCCUGCGUCUGCCUGGAUGCCAGCCUCUGCAUUUUCCAAACUGUCUCUGCAGUGACAUACCAUAACAGCAGAUUUGAGACAGUUACUUGUUGGUUUGAAACCAUGUAUAGACCACUUUAGACAACUGACAGUAUUUUCCCAGGGCUGUGGGCAGUUCCUACUGAUCUGUCACUCCACUAGUUUACUCGAUUUAAACGUCUAGAGGAGAUUUAAGUGAUUAUUUAAUGAUUUUAAAAUCUCAUACACCAUGACUUGCAUUAUAAAGUCAAAAGAUGAAAUGCAUUUUAGAUGCCAAGCACUCACUCGGUGCGUAAACAAUGAUUUGCAGUUCUACCAGAGCAUGAUUUAUGAUGUCAUUAUUUCACUGUGUAUUGUAUUUCCUGUCCAGAAAGCUGUCCCUUCAAGGAAACAGAAGGUCGUGGUUUUACUGAAUCAUAUUUCCUCAUACCGCCUGUAUGACGCAAAAAAAAAAAAAGGACAUUCUUACAACACACGCUCCUGGACCAGAGACAAAUGUGUUCACAAGAUAAAAUCAAAAAAGUGCACGGCAUGUAGUGCAUAAAUGUUGCAAUGUGCACGCGGUUACUGUAUAUAGACUUCUAUAAGAAUUCUUUUUUUUUUAUAAUUGACUUCUUGAUUUCAAGAACAUGGUGAUGAUGUUAGGCAUAAGACAACAUUCACGCUCUGAAUCAACAUCCUAAUGAAUUUCUUCAAUUCUAUUUUUAGAAAGCUAUCCAAUGUUGUCGUAAAUAUUCAAACUCCACUUUUGUCUCACGACUCUGCAACUUGAACUAGAAGUGUUUCCGAGUUGCGUACCUGAUGUGAAUGUCACCCAGCGAUGCUGAUUCAUUUUCCAGUUUGCUCAGUGUGUGGAACCUAUGAUGGAAUUUCUUUGUAAGCCAUGCCCGUCUAAUGACGCCAUCCCGAAAACACAAUGAGAAGCGUGCAUUGGAUGUUGAAAUGCCUUUUAUUACAUGCAUGGGAAAAAAAGGGCAUACAUCCAAAUGUUUUCUUUCUUUCUUUAUCUCGAGAAUGUUUCGACAGUUAUUAGGAGCGGAUGACUAAUGAAGAGAUUGAGGAAGAGGCCAGUAUGUCACGUCUUCCACACCUUAGGGAGUGUCUUCUUGUGAAUUAAUAUGAAGACAGAAUGGUGUUGCUCCUCAGGCUGCGUUUCACCUAUUUCUUGCCGAUUGGAAGCAGAAAAGGUGACUCUGUAAUGUAGUUUUAAUAUAACUCUGAAAGAUGGUUUUUAAUCCUUUUCAAAUUAUGUCUAGUGACCACUUCCAGACAAAGAAAACAUCAAAUGGGAAUAAUCUGUUCACUUGAAGUGCUACAAACCAUUCAGUUUUAUAUUUAAAAUGCUAAAUUAUGUCCGUAGAGGGCAGGGACAAAGCCUCUACAUUACUUUAACGUCAAAUUAUCUGACCUUGUUAAUAUCCCCAUGACAACGUAUCAGCCUUUCCAUGAUUAAUGUUUCAAGUUUUAAUGGAGCUAUUAAACAGAUAUGAGUUCUGACAAAGAAAUUAUUCAGGGCAUUUGCUUCUUAAGGCCUUUCUUCAACUGUGAUGCUCAAACUGUGAUGUAUUAUAAAUACACUAUGACAAAUAAAUGCAUUGUAGCGAA